AUGUCUUUCCUUGAUAUACACUUUAAACUUUCCUAUGAACUUUCGUUCGAUACCUUUAUACAGGAUUGCCUUUUCUACAAGAACUUCACGGAAUCGAUCCUCCAUGUUUACUGGAAUGGCAACCUAAGGAUAUAUAAUUGUAACCACUGUUGUAAGCGCUGGUUCUUCACGUUCAACGGCACUGAAUGCAAGACACCCCGUGCUAUAGACGGUAUCGUUUACAUGGCAAAAGGAGUCGGUCACAACAUCCACCGUGUCCGCCAUAUUGAAGGUCACUGUGACAAGAUCCACAAGGGACCUGUUCGUGUGGGCUUCAAUGUCGGGAACUGUGCCGGGUAUGGAAAUGUGGAUGCCUAUACCAGGUGGAAUUCAAACAGUCGUCUUUUUGUAGAGGAGUCAACGUCAAAUUUUUCAUGUCUGGCGGGUCGUCCUGGUAUCCCUGGACUCCACGGUACACCCGGUGCUCCUGGACGAGACGGACGAGAUGGCAGACCAGGUACUCAAGGUAAACAAGGUCCUCGAGGGUUUCACGGCACUCCAGGCAAGCAAGGACCUCCCGGAGCUCCUGGUACACCCGGUAACACUGGUCCUCAUGGUCUUUCAGCCUAUUCCAACUGGAAAGAGUGUUCGUGGACCAACAUCAACGAAGGAAAAGACAAUGGUCUGAUCAGGGAUUGUCUUUUCUACAAGAAUUUCACGGAUUCCAUCCUCCAUGUUUACUGGAAUGGCGAUUUCAGAAUUACUAAUUGUAACAACUGUUGUAAGCGCUGGUUCUUCACGUUCAACGGCACUGAAUGCAGGACCCCUCGUGCUAUAGACGGUAAUGUGUACAUGGAAAGAGGAGUGGGUCUCAGCAUUCACCGUGUUCGCCAUAUUGAAGGUCACUGUGACAAGAUCCACAAGGGACAUGUUCGUGUGGGCUUCAAUGUCGGGAACUGUGCCGGGUAUGGAAAUGCUGACGCCUAUACCGGGUGGAAUUCAAGCAGUCGUCUGUUUGUAGAGGAGGUACCCAGACCCCAGCCGUAG